UCUUAACAUCGUUAGAAUAUGGAUGAAAUGAGAGAAUCGGUUAAAAAAAUAAAAUCAACCAAGAAGGUUGAUGGCACAGCCAAUAAUACGAAAUGCGAAAGCGAAGCGCUGAAACAAAUUGUCAAUUUCAUUGAAUUUUUUGGUAAAGUUUUGGGUUGGAAAUGCAGCUAUGAUUGGACUGGUAAAGGCAAUCUAAGGCAUUGCUUUACCGUUCUACUUGUUAUAUUUUUUUGGACACAAGUUAUUUACACCCAAAUCAGUCAUUUUGUCAAUGGUGAAUACAAGCGAAUUUUAGAAGUGUGUGCUGUGUAUGGCGGAGGAGCAUCGUGCGGUUUAAGAGUCAGAUGCUUCAUAAAAUUCAACAAGAAUAUAACGGCUCUACACAAUUUCAGUUUUAAAAUUACUCGCCAGGCUGGUAGUUUGGCCGAACAAAUAGAAAAGCAGCAACGUCAAAAUUUGAAAUUGUACAAACUCAUUUGUAUGAUAGAAGUAUCGUCGCUCUUAGUGUUCUCGUACAAUCCGCUAAAAUCCUAUAUUCUUCGCGGAGAGUAUCUGUCACUUCUACCCAUCGAGAUGAUCUUCAUUGAUCAGACUCAGUUGUCUGGGUUCUUAAUAGCGAAUGCUAUAAUGUCAGUGAUGGGUGUGGUUCUAGUAUGGAGUUCUAUGUUUAUAGCCAUGAAUUUUGUCGCAUCAAUCUCAAAUUACUCGAUUCAAGUGGACCUUAUCGAAUCCGAUAUUAAGCAAUUGGACGCGCUCUGGGAAAACAAGAAAGCAACCAAUUUGUCAGAACGAUAUUCGUUCCUCAGGAACAUUUGUCAGAAAUGUCAGGAUAAGGAUAAUUUCAUUGCCGAAGUUAAGAACAUCUUCGACGAAACAAUUUUCUAUUACUUUUCGAUAGUAUACAUCUCUCAAAUUAUUUGCCUGUACGAAAUCGAAAUGGAGGAUUGGAUGCCCGGUUAUGGACUUGCGUACGGUAUGUUUGUGGAAAUGUUAUUUCAUUGUUGUUUUGGAACCAAAGUCACGAUCAUAAAUGAUCGGAUGUACUACAUACUAAUUCAAUGCAAGUGGUACACCUACGAUCUUCAUUCUCAGAAAAUAUAUUUGGACUUAUUGAACUCCAAUAUGAAUGCCCAAGAAUUAUGGAUUGGACCGUUGGCACCGCUGUCAGUCACCACUGGAAUUCAGAUUGUUAAAAGCAUCUACUCUUACUACACGUUUUUGGCCGAAGCAGUUUAGUAGUAUAGUCAGUAGUAUACUGUGUUGUAGAAUGAUUACCGCAUCAAAAUUAAUCAAUUUAACCAACACACUUGAUUUAACAAAAAAAAAAUGGAACUUACAUAACAAGCACACAUUGACGUAGAAGAGACGAGAACACCUAACCGGUUCUAUUCACGAAGAAAACAUAUCGAUUUGCUUCAACCAAACCAAAGUGGCUGCAAAGAGAAAAUACUCUCUUUUGCCCCAAGUGAAAAACAAGAGCUGAGAAAAUAAUAAUUUCCUCACCUGAAUUGUCAUCAGAGAGAGAUAGAGAGCGUCAACAAAACACCAUUUUCUUACUGCAUCUGAG